AUGUCAGACGGGGCGGUUGUGCCCCGCGGCCCCGCAGCACGGCGGGGAGAACCGGGUCCGGUACCGGUACCGAGCUCGCCUUGCUCAGCCCGCGCUGCCCGUCCUGCUGUCACCGCCGGCACAUCCCCAAGGACAGCCGCGCACCCACGGGAUGCGGGCACGGCAGCGGCGCUGCUCGGGCUUCCCCCGGCGCCGCAGCGGCGACAGAGGGACCGCAAACCCACCCGCGGCUCCAGCGGGGAGCAGAGACCGAGUCCCGCAUGGGCACAGCCCCCCCCGAGUCCCUCAAUCCCAGGGACGGGGGAUCACCCGAGCCCCGCAUCCCCGGGGACGGGGGGAUCACCCGAGCCCCGCAUCCCCGGGGACGGGGGGAUCACCCGAGCCCCGCAUCCCCGGGGACGGGGGGAUCACCCGAGCCCCGCAUCCCCGGGGACGGGGGGAUCACCCGAGCCCCGCAUCCCCGGGGACGGGGGGAUCACCCGAGCCCCGCAUCCCCGGGGACGGGGGGAUCACCCGAGCCCCGCAUCCCCGGGGACGGGGGGAUCACCCGAGCCCCGCAUCCCCGGGGACGGGGGGAUCACCCGAGCCCCGCAUCCCCGGGGACGGGGGGAUCACCCGAGCCCCGCAUCCCCGGGGACGGGGGGAUCACCCGAGCCCCGCAUCCCCGGGGACGGGGGGAUCACCCGAGCCCCGCAUCCCCGGGGACGGGGGGAUCACCCGAGCCCCGCAUCCCCGGGGACGGGGGGAUCACCCGAGCCCCGCAUCCCCGGGGACGGGGGAUCACCCGAGCCCCGCAUCCCCGGGGACGGGGGAUCACCCGAGCCCCGCAUCCCCGAGGACGGGGGAUCACCCGAGCCCCGCAUCCCCGGGGACGGGGGAUCCCCAGAGCUCCGCACCCCAGGGACGGGGGAUCACCGGAGCCCCACACACGGGGAGGGGGGAUCCCCCGAGCCUCGCAUCCCCGAGGCACCCCCGUGCCCCGCACAGCCCCGGAGCGCGCACACGGCGCCGAGAUCGCGGCGGGACCCCCAGCCCAGCCCCAGCCCAGCCCCUUCCCCCGGCCCGCCCGCUGCCUUUACCUGCGGCGAGAGCGCCGGGCGGGCGGGCUCCGCUCCGAGCGGCGGCUCCCGGGCUGGGGCGCGGUGCCGAGCGGCGGCUCCCGGGAGCCGGGACGGGGCGAAAGCGGCGGCAGAGCGGCCGCGGUCACUGCGCGGGCUGGCGAGCCCGCAGCGGCGCAGCGCCGCGCAUCCCCCGCGGGACGCGCCCGGGGCAGGCAGGAGGGCGGCGAGGCGAGGCAGGAGCCGGCCCGGCGCCCCGUCCCGUGCCGUGCCGUGCCCUGGCUCGGCCGCAGCGGCUACCGCCUCAGAGGGGCGAGCCCGCCGUGCCCGGCGCCAGCUGCCUCCUCCCCCGCGCGGGCAUCGCCGAGCAGCGCGCCGCGGGUCCCGCUCCGCUCCAUCCAGCCGCCCGCCCCGAGCCGCCGCAGCUUUGUCACGCCGACAGCCCCCUCGGGUGGGAGGUGGGUUUUCUCUCUCCCCCCUUUCCCCCCUCUCGGCGCACUCCUCCGGCUCCUUCCUCCUCCCUCGGUCACUCCCCCCGCUGCAACCCGAGCCGUUUCCUGGACGGCGCUGCCGGGCUCUGCCAAUCGCCGCCGAGCCCCUUCCCCCUGCCCGGCCCUCCGGCUGCGGAGCCGGCAGCCCCCGGCCCGCCCGAGCCUCGCGGGCGCUCAGCGGCAGCGGAGAGGGGCAGGAGGGCAGGGGGAGCCCCGCUCCGGCCCGCAGAACGGGACAGCUCGUCCCGCAGGGCUGCAGGGAGGAGCCCCGCGCAGCUCCCGACGGCUGCUCCGCUCAGAGUUUUUGGAAAGGAAAGAUGGGGAGCGCGGCGAGUGCCGCCGCAGUGCUUGAGCCUGGGCAGCAUCCGCAUCCUCUCACAAAAACCGUACCAGCUCAGCAGCGGUCCCCGCAACCUCUCCUCAAGUGUUUCAGGCUCAGAAUCCGUGGCCUCCCCCGAAGUGUUUCAGGCUCAGAAGCCAUGGCUGGCCUGUGGCCAGUUCCAUCUAGACAGGGUGGUUGGAUAACACCCGCUCCAAAAAUCACCCUCUCAGUUCAAAGCCUGAUUCCAACUGCCCCGUGA